CAGGUAAGCAGGUAAAUACUUUAAAAACUUUGCAUAUCUGUGCACCGUAACUCAGGUGUGUCAGUGAUACAAGUUUCACCUGUGAACGCCAUUUUUGUCUUAUCUCCUCCCUACAGUUUGUAGAUAUGAGCAAGUCAUACAAUAUAGAACCUCUAGCAUACAAGCCCUCGUCAAAUGAUAAGUUUGAUGAAAUAGAUAUAAGAUCAUCAGAGAGCAUUGAUGUCAAGCUCUCAGAUAACAAUGGCAGCCCAUUCCGCGGCAUGGGAAAGGAUGAGUUAUUGGUACACUCCUCCAAACCGUUCUGGAGGCGUCUGCGCAUGAUAUGCAUCUCCAUCAUCCUCUUGGGCUGGCUGGCGCUGAUCAUAACCGUGGUGGCGCUGGUGUUGGUUUACCCGAAAUGCAAAUCCCCGGAUUCCAGAUCCUGGUGGCAAAACGAGGUCAUCUACCGAAUCUACGUACGGAGCUACAAGGACAGCGAUGGAAACGGCGUAGGAGACUUAGAUGGAGUGGCAUCUAAAUUGGACUACAUCAAGGACCUUGGGGUCGGUGUAAUAUCACUGAGUCCCGACUACGAAGAUGACGGAACUGAUGGCGACUUCCACAUCAAGAACCACAUGAAGAUUGCCGGAUCCGUUGGCGGGGACGACGCAUUGCAAAGACUUAUCACGCAUGCGCACGGGAAAGGUCUUAAAGUGAUACUGGAUUUCGUCCCUUCACAAACCAGCGACCAGAGUGAUUGGUUUAAAUGGAGUCAAGAGGCCAGAUUCAGGAACGAUACAUACCGAAACUUCUAUGUAUGGACAAACACACCAACAAACUGGAAAUCCAUGUAUGGGGGUGGCGCAUGGAACACGUCUUCUGAGAGGUCAGGAGAAUACUACCUACAUCAAUUUCUACACAACCAGCCUGACCUUAACCUUCGUAGUCCGCAGGUCAAGGAGAAACUCAAUGAAAUUUUGACGCAUUGGUUGAACAAGUCGGUGGACGGGUUCUACAUAAGGAACAGCGCCUAUCUCUUUACGGACUAUGACCUACGGGAUGAAUCGAAAGUCCCAAGUGCUGUAGGAGAUGAAUACGGUGACUACAACCAUAUUUACACAAAGAAUCUCCCAGAAAUUUAUGACAUGUUUGCAAGAUGGCGCACAACAACUGACGCGUAUACGGAUAAGUACAGAGUUCUAAUGGCUGACCCAGACCCUAUGUCCAACAACGUAGAGAUGAUGAAGUACUACGGCCACUUUCAGAGAGACGGGGUUCAUCUCCCCGUCAAGAGGAGACAGUUUCCUACAGACUGUGGCGGUCAGUGCAUUAGGGAAUAUGUCAAUGGCUGGAUGGACAACCUACCCUCAGGUCGCUGGCCGACGUGGUCCCUUGGUGAUGAGAUGACAAAACGUUUUGCAACCAAUCACAGCGAGAGUUUUAUUCGCUGUUUUGCAAUGCUGUCAAUGACGCUACCCGGCACCCCAAUCCUGUAUUAUGGGGACGAAAUCAACAUGGUCGACCUAAGUAUUCAACCCAGCAGCAGCACAUCGCGGAAUCAACCGAUGAGGGGACUCAUGCAGUGGGAUAACACACCCAAUGGGGGUUUCACCAACGGAACAAGUCCGUGGAUCAGUGUUGGUGCUGACUAUCAAACCAAUAAUGUGAAGAAUCAGAGUGCUAAAGGGGACUCUCUGAUGUCUUUCUUCAAAAACCUUACCACCCUGAGAUCAGACGACACCUUCCAUAUAGGAGACUACUAUCCAACCGUGGUUGAUGAUGCUGUGUUUUCUUUUGUUCGAGAAUUUGAUGGAAAGAAAGGGUAUUUAGUGGCCAUCAAUUUUGCGAGCACGGCACAGUCACGUGAUUUUGCGAAAGCCCACAGCACCAUACAGAGCAAAGCCUCGUUUGAGCUGACGACGGGCGGAUCCGAGAGUUUUGACGCGGACACUGACGUGGACACAAGCAGUCUUACGCUAGGUCCCCAGCAAGGAGUGGUAGUCUCGUGGGACUACGUGGCCAAGGAACUCUGAUUCUCUUUAAACUUUUACUGCAAAUAUGAUAAUCAAGAGUGACUUUUUUAUGUAUGACCUCAUUAAUCCAGACAAAUUGGAUACGUUGAAACAAAUUCUACAGCUCUUCUCUUGAUACCUUUCUUCAUUAAAAAAAUCAAAUUGCAAAUA